AUGCUGCCAAAUAGUCGAGGAUGCGUAUCUGGACAUGCUGAUGGCAGUGCUGGUCCUCAUCCUCGUGCUGGUUUCAUGAUAUCGACUUUGAAGCUGAGCCAGUCAGCCAGAAACGGAUGCCUUUGGUGUACCAUCUAUUGGGAGGCCUUCAAACGUAUUCAAGGCAAUCGCAGACCAGAAGAUCAGGAAUUCAUCUACUGGAGAUACAAUGAUGAAAGCUUUUUUGAGCCAUGGUAUCAACCUGGCGACGUCAAGAUACAAAUCUACAUCCAAGACUCUCGGGAAGAUUUGAAUGAAGAUUUAGUAUGUCAAUUUCCUGUCAAGAAUGUCCUUAGUGACAAGACAGACUCCGACGCCACUUUGACGCAGAUUAAAAAGUGGCAGGCCGAUUGUUUCACCAGUCAUGGGACGUGCCACCCUGCAAACUCAAAUACCUUGCUCCCCAAGCGCUGCAUCGAUGUCAGCAAUGAGAGCACCAUCCAGAUUGUUGAGCGUGGUGACAAUGCUCGGGCACAGUACAUGUGCCUCUCGCACCAGUGGGGCAAAGAAGAAAUGCCCCUCAAAUUGACAAAGGAUACCAAGGAUUCCCUUUUCUCCGGUAUCAAUGCAAACGAGCUCCCCAAAACCUUCCGAGAUGCUGUGAGUGUCACCAGACGACUAGGAUGCCGUUAUCUCUGGAUUGAUUCUCUCUGUAUUGUGCAAGACGACAAAGAUGACUGGGAAGAAGAAGCUGCGAAGAUGGCAUCGGUAUAUUUCAACAGUCUUCUGACGAUCGCCGCUGCUGCCUCAUCAGGCCCAACAGAUGGUCUUUUUGAGUCCCCAGAUGUACGACUCAUGGACAACUUACCCCUCGAGUUAGACCAGUCGGUUCUCCCAUUCCCCGUGUACGUUAGAUGUGAGCCGCGAUUUGAGGUCGGUCAUUUGGCUGGAAAUGAGGAGUGCGGCCUAUUGGAUCGCGGCUGGGUGCUCCAAGAACGACUUCUCUCUCCGCGAAUCGUCUUUUUCGGGGCGAACGAGGUUUCUUGGGAAUGCAUGUCCUGCAAGGCAUGUUCUUGCGAGCCGAUAUUCGCCCCAUACAGACUCCAACAAUAUUCACCGCGAGAGCCGAUGAACCCUAAAGCUGCAUUCUGCCAAGCCUCCAGCAACGAAGGUCAGGCGCAAGGUAUGGACGACGGACGACUCCUGGAGGCCUGGCACAAUGUCGUCAAUUCAUACACCGGACUUCGCUUGACCAAAGCCACAGACAUAUUUCCUGCUCUAGCUGGCUUGGCUAAGCAAGUUAAGACAACACGGGGUAAUGACCAGUACAUGGCCGGCUUGUGGAAAGACACAAUUAUGCAUGACCUUCUGUGGAGGAGGCGUGUAUUCGGUGACUGGAACCAGUCUAUCUGGACCGACCAUUAUGACCUACACAACUGUCUCGAUGGCGGGGAUCGGGGCAAGAGAAAGUUUCAUGCAAGAGUGUGGGACCAGGACAUGUCUGAGAUCCGAACCCAAAAAACACUCAAACACAGAAUCGCACCUUCUUGGUCUUGGGCAUCGCUUUAUAACCAGGUUGAGUACGACAGAGAGACGAACUUGCGCGACUUCAACUUGAUUGAUCUUGAGCUUGCGAAAUUGGUCGGGGUCGACUGUGAGCACAAAUAUGAGACCGGCGCUCUGGAAAGCGCGGAGAACUCGUUCAUUCGCAUCAAAGGGAAGACAGCCGAGGUGGAGCUGCGGCAUGUAAUGGUUGGCAACGAUUUUGAGUCUCGUCUCAUGUCGAAUGGCUGUGUCAUGCCUUUCUCAGGAAUAGAUUUAACAUUCCCGAGAAGACCUCCGCAGGACGGCACGGCAUUGACUUGUCUACUCAUUGCCACAGGCAAGAUCAAGGAAAGAGUUCAUAUGAGAAGAGAACUUGGCCUCGUGUUGCUUGCCCAGGACGACAACUCGAAGCCUUGCCAUUACCGAGUCGGCAUGUUUUCCCACUCGUACCAGAUUGGGAAGGAAUCUUCUGUAUUCGACGCUGUGCAAAGUACUAGUCUAGUCCAGAUAUUCUGA